AUGAGUGACCGCAAUGGAGUGCUGGGAAGUGCGAGGAAUGGACGCCAUUCACCGGCGAGUACGGAACAGCUAACGAAAUGCCAAACAGAGCCAGACUGCAUAGCGAUAGGCAGCAAACUGAGAGGCGCGAUGGGAACACGACCACCCGCGGCCUUCUGGCCUCAGCUGUGGGCCACAGUCGUCAGGAAUCUGCUGUUGAAAAAGAGGGAUACGAGGAAGACUCUCGCUGAGGUACUGGUUCCAUUAUAUUCUCUUGGUGUGCUGAUAUUCCUGAAGAUGUUGGUUCCAAAUCCAAACUUCCCUGAAGUUAAAAAACCAGGGCACCUGCUCAGUAUCCACCACGACGCUUUUUCGGAGGAUGACGUGGUGGCCGUCGCGGCAGAUUGGUACAAUCACAAUGGCACUUCGGCCUUCUUGGACGACAUAAACUCAAUGUUAUCAGAGUCUGGCCAGCACCCCAUCACCUGGAUCAGGUACAACAACACCACAGAGCUGGAUGACGCCUACCACGGUGACGCUAAGAGUUUCCCACUAGCUGUUAUCUUCCACACGGAUCCUACGGCCUAUGGAGAACCUUUGAGGUAUACGAUUCGCACCAACCCCUCGAAGGACGGAGGGACACCGUCCACUCGGACUCUGACUACGUCGCCGGCCAAAUGUCGAGAGAGAAGCAACACCGACUGGUCUAGCGAUUGGUCCCGUGGGGGCCAGUUGAUCCCUCUGUCCGAGAUGCAUCGAGAGGACACGUGCCCCGUGCUCCAGUAUUAUUAUACGGGGUUCCUCGCGCUGCAGACGCUCAUCGACUACGUUAAAAUCAAGUCGGACACUGGCACAGAAUUCCUCCCCCCACGAAUAGACCUGCUCCAAUUCCCCAAACGCCAACACACGGGCGAUUGGCUGGUGAUCUUUCGGGUGAUCAUGCCCAUGUACAUGGUGAUGACGCUCUCCCAGUUUAUCACCUACCUCUUGAUGCUGGUUGUGGGAGAAAAGGAGAAGAAAAUCAGAGAAGGAAUGCGGAUAAUGGGCUUGAAAGAUUCCGUCUACUGGGGUUCAUGGUUCUUGAUUUAUGCCGUCUUCGUCACGAUCUUAUCCAUCGUCAGUACCGUCCUGUUGUUUACGUUGAAGGUCUUUCAACAUUCUUCCUACGUCCUGAUAUUCCUCUUGAUGCUGUUGUUCGGCUUCACCAUCAUCACGUUCGCCUUCAUGCUCACUCCGUUCUUCGAUAAAGCCAGAACGGCCGGAAUCCUCGGUAGCUUCGCUGUGAACCUGAUGAGUGGCCUCUACUUCAUCCAAGUGUUCGUUUCCAACGCGGAUUCUCUCGCCUUCUGGUUUCUGUCGCUCAUCAGCUCCAGUUGCUACGCUCUCGCUAUGGAUAAGGCGCUCGUCUUAGACAUGCAGGGCGUCGGCGUGACGUGGGAGAACCUUUGGAGCGGGGGCUCAGGGGUGCCCUUCGGAGGGAGCCUCAUAAUGAUGGCGAUCGACACCGUCAUCUACGGCUUCGCUGCGUACUGGCUGGAUGCAGUAGUACCGAGUGAGUACGGUAUCAAACAAAAACCAUGGUUCUGCUUGCUGCCAUCGUUUUGGCUCGGAAGUCGGCGAGGUAGAGUUUCCGCCGUACACUUUCAUUCCAACGGAGAUGCGGCGCAUAACAAGGACAUCGAACCAGUACCGAAAGAACUCCUGGACAAAGAAGCGAUCAGGAUCGUCGGCCUACAGAAAUCGUUUCGCCACUGCCGUAAGGCCGAAGUGAAGGCAAUAGACGGCAUCGACCUGAGCAUCUACGAAGGCCAAAUAACGGCCGUGCUGGGGCACAACGGUGCCGGGAAGUCUACCCUCUUCAACAUCCUCACCGGCCUGACUGCGCCGACUGCCGGGACGGCCUACGUUUAUGGCUUAGAUGUUCGAGACCCGAACGACAUGCACGAAAUUAGACAAAUGAUCGGCGUGUGUCCCCAGCAAGACGUGCUCUUCGAUUUGUUGUCCGUCAAAGAGCACUUGAAAUUUUUUGCGGCAGUUAAGGGUAUACCUAGCGAGAGAAUCCCGGAUGAAGUUCACAAGGCGCUAUCAGAAGUGGGAUUAUUGGACCAAAUCGACGUGUUCUCGAAACAUCUAUCCGGAGGCCAGAAAAGAAGACUGAGUAUAGCUAUUGCGUUUAUCGGAGAUCCUAAAAUAAUAAUCCUCGACGAACCGACGGCCGGGGUGGACCCAGUGUCGAGAAGAAAGACCUGGAGAAUCCUGCAAAGGGCGAAGCGCGGUCGAGUGCUUCUGUUGACCACGCACUUCAUGGACGAGGCCGACAUCCUCGGGGACAGAAAAGCCGUCAUAAGCAAAGGCAGGGUGCGGUGUGCGGGCACGUCGCUGUUUCUCAAAAACAAAUUCGGUAUCGGAUACCACUUGACGUUGGUUUUGGACGGCACGUGUAGAGAAAACCAGAUAACUCGCUUGGUGCGCGGCCACGUGGGGCGAGCGGAAAAGGCGCGUCGCCACGGGCGGGAGCUGUCCUACAUCCUGCCUCACUACGCGGUACACCUCUUCCCUCCGCUCUUCCACGCCAUCGAGGCGGAGAUCAAAGAGAAGACGAAUCGUCUAGGUAUCACUAGUUACGGCGUAUCCAUGACUACGCUGGAAGAAGUGUUCCUCAGUCUGGAAGGAGAGAACGCGGAAGAGACGGAGACCGUGGAGGGCGUGUCGUCCGUCAAGUUGGUGCGGGCGAGGGCUCUGUCGAGGAGUCUGUCUCUGCAGAGCAAAACUCUCAGUUAUCAGGAACUGACCGACAAGGAAUUGCAGAAGACGAGCUCCCUGACGCCGCCCGCUUCGCACGCCUUGCAUUCGACCACCCACGGCGUGGAACACAUUAAGGUGACGCCCGAGAUGCCGGUGUCCGUGGAGGCUUUGGGCGAAAUAGUGAAGACGAGUCCCUCGUGUUGGCGGACGUUUUGCGCGCUCGUCUACAUCCGCACCGUGAGGAUGAUCAGAGACCCCUAUAAGCUCUACGUUAUGAUUUUUAUGCCCAUAAUAUCCUGCGCUCUAGGCCUGUACAUAAAGUCGCGGCAGAUCGUGUUCUUCCGAAUGCAGCCUCUGAAGCUGGAUCCGAACGCCUAUUUGAACAAAACCCCGACGGCCCUGCACACGGAGCGAGGCGACUCGGACGCGGUCGAAAAUUUUAAGUCAUCUCUAGAGAGCUUGGGAGCUUAUCCCAUCGGCCUGUUCGACGGGAACUUUUCCACACUCCUGAAUAUGGAAAACUUCGGGGCCUACAGCCUCAAAGAGAGUCUGAUCCCCUACGGGAACAUUUUGGCCUAUUACAAUAGCACCUAUACGCACAGUUUGCCUAUUAUCGUUAAUCUUUUGGACAAUAGUAUUUACAGAGUUCUCAUGUCUGCGGCGGGGCAGUUGGACAGCUUUAGACCCAUCGAAGUGCUCACGCACCCUUUUCAACAGCUGGAGCAGCCCGAGGAGUUCAACCUGGGCAGCGUGGUGUGCGCUAUCUUCAUGGGCAUGAUUUUCGCUCUGGUGCCCGUCACUCUGGCCGUAGAUAUCGUGUACGAUAGGGAGAUAAAAGCUAAGAAUCAACUUCGCGUGAAUGGCCUCUCGAUGAGCAUGUACUUCCUAACCUACUUCACGAUCCUCAUCUUCAUCAUGAUUCUCACGAGCGUCGGUGUUCUCGUACUCGUGAUCCUCAAUGACAUUCCCAGCUUGACCAACGGCUCCGCCAUAACUAUGCUCACCGGCCUCCUCGUGCUGUACAGCCCCUCCGCCAUCCUAUUUAACACGUGCCUCUCUUACGUAUUCGACAAGAUGGACUCCGCCCAGUCUAUCAUGCCCAACAUCACGACGUGGGUCGGCGUGAUUCCCUUCGUCAUGGUCGCCUGCUUGGAUACCUUCAAAUGGGGUAGUGAAAUAGCCUUCUAUCUGCACACCGUGUUCAGUUUCUUAGACGUUAUGUACAUACCGUAUGCUAUCAUCUAUUAUGUCGAUAGGGUAUAUUUAACGUGUAACCUGAGCGGGCUGUGCACGGUGCCCGCUCUGUCGAGCUACUUCACGGCCGAAGUGUGGGUGCUGAUAUGCGCGAUGGUGGUGCACGUGCCCCUCUGCGGGGCGGCGCUCUUGGCGGCCGACAGACUCAAGUCCGGAGGACGGAUAUGUCCGCGCAAGAAGAUAGACGCGGACAAGACAUCGGAGUCGGAGUCAGAAGUGGGGGGUGAGGUGGGGGAGGACGAGGACGUGAGGCGAGAGAGGCGAAGAGUAGCCUCUUUGCUGCAGCAGAUACAGGGAAAACAGAUACAGCAAGUUCCCGCUCUUUUAGUUCACAACCUCCGCAAGGAAUACAAGGUUAGAAGUUCGGAGGGCUCGUGGUGCGGGGGGACGGAGGGCACGAAGCGCGCGGCCGUCGCCCGUCUGUCGCUCGCCGUGCACGGCGGAGAAGUGUUCGGGUUGCUCGGCCACAACGGAGCCGGGAAGACGACCACCAUGAAGAUCGUCACGGCAGAGGAGCGGCUGACCGACGGCACCGUGAUGCUGGGAGGCAAGAGUAUCACGGAGGUGCAGUCGAGUGCUUUUCAGAUGCUCGGCUACUGUCCGCAACACGACGCCCUCUGGAAGAACGUCACCAUCCGGGAACACAUCGAGUGCUACGCGGCCAUUCGUGGCAUCAGCAAGGCCGACACGCCUAGGAUAGUGGACGCGUACUUAAACGGGCUUCAGAUAAUGGAGCACGCGAGUAAGAACGCAGACGAAUGUUCAGGCGGCACUCGUCGCAAGCUGUCCUUCGCGCUGGCCAUGGUGGGCUCUCCCCGCGUGGUGCUGCUGGACGAACCCUCCACGGGCAUGGAUCCGCGCAGUAAGCGCUUCUUGUGGGACACCAUCCUGGCCAGUUUUCAGGGACGAAAGGGUGCUAUUCUCACGACACAUUCCAUGGAGGAGGCUGACGCUCUGUGCUCCCGAGUCGGGAUCAUGGUCAAAGGAGGUUUGCGAUGCGUCGGAUCGACGCAGCACUUGAAGAACUUGUACGGAGCCGGGUACACGCUCGAAAUGAAGAUCGGCCAGCUCAAUCAGAAGCCGAUGAUGGACUCUGAUCUGUCGAUGUCGCCGUCGCCUCUUCGGUCCGGCGAUAAUUCUCCGUCGUUGAGGGAGGCGGGUGAAGCAGGCUCGGGCGGAGGCUCCGCGACGGCGGAAGCGGAAGCGGAGGGCGAAGCGGAGACGGUGGACGUCAGUAUACACACCCCGCUGGUGGGCAACGCGCCCGCUAACAGACUGCACCAUCAACGGACGGAGUCGAGCGGCGGCGCGAACUUGGAGGCGGCGAUAGCGCUGGUGGCGCGCCUCUUUCCGUCCGCCGUCCUCGAGGAGAGCUUCGCCGAGAGGCUCCUCUUCUCCGUGCCGCAGAGCUCCGUCUCGAGCCUCGCCACCUGCUUCCAGCAAAUCGAAGAAGCCAAGGAGCGCCUGAACAUCGUCGAGUACAGCUUCAGCCAGACCACGUUGGAGCAGGUGUUCCUCAAAUUUGCGCAAACCGAGAACAUCGAGGCUUCGGACCAAGAACACUGA